AUGGCACCCAAUGUCGAAGAACACAGUGCAUUUUGUGCAGGCUUAAACGAAGGCUGCAUGGACUUGCUAGGCCUAGAUGCUUUCAGAUCCGCUUUACACUCUGGUAAACAGAUCUAUAUGGACAGACCCACACGGCAUCUUGUGGUCAGCUCAACAUUUCGUGGUCCGGUCAAGGUGAUGAAUUGGUACGACCUAUUGAGACUAGCCAGCCCGAGAAGUACAAUCCGCCCUGUCAAGAAGGAUCCGGCAAACGCAAAAGAGGACACAAAGGAGAUGACAAUUGUGGAAAUAGGCGAUCAAACCGCCUGGCGAACAAGGGAAAAAGAUGACUGGAGGAGCACUCAUCUUGUAGUGCUAGUUGCCCAUAGGUGA